AUUUUUUCCGACGUUUCUCUUGCGAAAUAAAAAUUCAUGGAAAACUCCGCAUGGUGAAAAUAUGGAUACAUUAUGUCAAUAAAGGUGAUCCCAUGGAAUAAAACUGUUCAGCGAUCUUCAAUUAUUUUUAUCAAACCGGCCUUUCCCUAAAUCCUUUUGGAGGAUUCGGUAGUGAUAAGGGGCAUAUAUCAAUAUCAAAUUGAUUUUGAAAGUAUAGAAACGAGUGAGAGAGAAGCAAAUACUGUAUCUAAUUUCAAUUAAUUGUUUUUUUUAAAUCGGCAUUCAUAAACUUUGUGCUUACAUAUGAGGAAAGAAGCCUGCGAAAAUGAAAUGUGCUUGAAUUAUAACGUGGACCGGAUGCGCUGAUUAUUAUCGCGUUACUAGGUUCCAAACUUCCUUGUUAAAGCGUCGCGCAGAACCGACAAAAUAAUUGUGGAAGGAACAGAAAUCUCAUUAUAAAACAGAAUUGUUUUAGGAGUAGAUGUCAAACUAUAGAGUUUUCUUGGUGAUAUAUCAGGGUUUUUUAAACAAAAAAGGACGUUGGACAAUUAGUGUUUUUGACUUCCUCAAGGCUAUUCAAUAAUUGAACUUUUUUCCAAAUUAAUGAUCAUAUGACUAAUUAAUAUUUUUAAUUGGAAACACACCGAAACUUAUAGAAAAAAAUGCCAGUUUCCUUUUGUAAGAUGCUCUCAUGUUGCGCGGCGCUGAUUCUACUUUCGACGUUGACGUCAUCAGUCAACGUCAUCGAGACGGAACUGGAGCCACUGCCGACGGACGCUAACUAUAAGGCGGGGGAGACUAAUUAUGACAACGGCGGCAUGGGUCCGCUUUACGACUUCUCGCGGAGCUUCAUCAAUAGCGCGCUUCCCGAGUUCCCGACGGACUUCAUAAAAAGUGUCAUGGACGAUGGGAUUGGAUAUGUAACAAGUGACCCUACUGGUGUAAUCAAGAAGUUUGCAGGUUAUGCCAUCGCCAUUGUGAUUGGACUGCUAUUCGUCCUCAUUAUGCCAAUUGUCGGCUGCUGUUUCUGUUGCUGUCGUAUGUGUGGAAAUUGUGGCGGGAAACGCGAACAAGAGGCAGACGACAACAUGCACUGCAAACGGAGAGUAUUUUCCGCCAUCUUGUUUACAACUACAAUAUUCAUAUUUGUUGGAAACAUUUGCACGUACGUAGCCAACGAUCAGAUGUCGAAUGCUCUUGAAGAGGUCAAUGACAUAGUUGGUAAUAACCUGGAUGACGUGGACACCUUCUUAGACCUUCUAGAGAGCCAAGUUACGACGAUCGGCGAAACUAAUAUGAACAAGACAAGGGACGCAAUCACGGACAAGAUGAACGCAACAAGGAUGGCAGACGACCUCACCCUCUACGUUUUGGCCGAACUCUCGGGUGGAGCCUUGGAUAAAAUGAUUACCAACAAGGAAAGAGUCAUAAAGGCCUACGAAUCAUUCAAGACAGAGAACGCCAGAAUGGAAGCGGCUGUACCAUCCGCUAUUUCGCCCAAUCCAUUUUUAACGGUGAAAAAUUCUCUAACAGCUGCAGAUUCUUCAAUCACGAACUUCACUACUAACGAUCCGAUAGCUCAGGUGAAACUUAACCUUGUGAAUGAGAUGAAGGGGAAACUAUCUGGCGACAUGAACAACCAAAAUGCUAAAGUAACUGCUGCCUUUGCAACGAUGGGCGGUGAAUCUACAAAAAUCGUCCAGCAGAUAAGAGACUUACGCCAUGAUGCCAAGGGAUCGUUGAACGUUGACUCUAUUAAGGACACUGUUCGUUCUUAUACAGACAGUGGCAAGACAUUUGAUGGCUAUAGACGAAAGGCCGGGCUUGGUCUCAGCGCCAUGACCACCCUGGUAGCAGCUUUGUUGGCGCUAGGUAUGGUGUUUGGAACAGUGGGACAAGGACUGAGGACAGAACCCACUGAACGAGGCAGCGUGUCGUCAUGUGGAGGACAUUUUCUCAUUGCCGGUGUAGCGUUUGUGUUCAUCUUCUCGAGCCUACUGAUGUUGCUGACCACCUUGUGUUUCGCUCUGGGGGCACCACUGGAGAGAUUUCUCUGUCAGCCGCUUACUGACCCUGACAUGAAGUUGCUCAAGGAGUUUGAAACGAGGGAUAGCUUCAAAAGUGUGGCUGAUACACUGGGCGGAUCAAUAACGUCGUCGUUGAAGGCGUGUAAGGAUGGCAAGUCCGCAUACGAGGCCUUUCACCUGAAGAAGCGGUUUGACCUCGAUCAAAUUGACCAGACAUUCAACGAUCAGAAAAAAAGCAUCGACGCAUCUCUCAACAAAACAUUGGGUUCCAUCACAGGUUUAACAACUGGUGAUUUAGAGAACAAAGCUACGAAUAGCUUUGCCGAUCUCGAACACACAUUUGACAAUCUACAUUUUCCUCUGAUGGACACCGCUGUAACACAGGGCCAACAAGCAGGAUUAGACAUGAGCGGCUUUAAGGGUGCUGUUGAUGAACUAAAAGCAAUCAAAGCAGAGAUUCCUACUUGGAAAACCGACUUUACGGAUGGUAUGAAGAAAGCCCAGGGUAAUAUAACAGCACAACUCCCAACGUUGCUUGGAAAAUUCAAGAAUGAAGUGAUACAUAUUGCAGAAGUUUUUGUAACAUCCACAAAGAAAUCGCUGCUGGAAGACGUUGGCAAAUGUACCCCAGUCUGGAACCUGUAUCACUCCAUCAUAGGAGUUGCUGUGUGUCAGUACAUUAUUGACGCGUUUAACGGAUUCUGGUUUUCCAUCGGUUGGUGUCUGUUUUUCUUCGUUCCGAGCCUGAUAUUUGCCGUAAAGCUUGCCAAACACUAUAGAAGUGUGGACCCGGAGGAUCAACCGUUUGAGAACAAAGUCGGCCCGAGUCCUGACGAAGUGGAGGCGAGAUACUGAACACGACCAACCACUUAAAGUUGUACUAUCACAGAUUGUCUUUAAUAUUUUUAUGUCUUGGAAUGAACAAUUUUUGGAGUAAUUUUGGGAACAUCAGUGGUAUAAAACUGAUGAGAAAGAUCAGAUCGCAGUGUUUUCUUACUUACGCUAAAAAUGGCUAAAGGUUGUAAAGCGUUAAUAACGCUUUAGGAAAAUGAAAUUUUGGACAAUUUUCCCAACGAUUUAGGUCUUUCUAUUGUAAGUUAUCUUAUAUGACUGAAUUGAAGGUAUUGGUGCCAAAUAAGCUGAUUCGAUUACGUUUGUUUUAAAUGUCAAAACUGCCAAUUUGUGACAGUGCAACUUUAAUUAAGAAAAAGAAUUAACAGUAAAAUAAAUGAGUGCUCAAAUGAUAACACUAAAAUUAAUUUCAAGUUUCAUAAUUUUUUCGAGUUCUUAUAAAAAACAACGAAUUGCAUCAGAACCAGAAAUCGCACAAAUGAAAAUGACACCAUUAAGAUGCUUUAUUACCAGUUUACCACAUGCUCAAUAUUUUUCAUGCUUUUAUACAAGAAUGUCAUGGUAGUGGUAAUGCACCAGUCAAUUGUAACCACGGACCCCCAGGUCCGGUGUAUACCGGGGAUAGCCUGGGAAAUGGGCCGUGUUUUUACCUUUCAUGUGGCCCCACAAUGCCGGGUAAAUGCCGUUGUUUUGUCUUCACGCCAAAUAUAGCGGGGACUAGACGUGGGUCUUACCUAGCGCCCCUAGGGUGCAAGGGCAUUUGGCGAGGAGUUUACCAUUAGUACGUCUCCUCAGGGCGGGGAUUUUACCCUGGCUUGGCUGGAAUUAAAGUCAAAAUCCCGCUAUUCCCCGGACCUGGGGGCCGUGGUUACAAUUGACUGGUGCAUAACUGGAUUAUUUUAUGAAGAAAUCAACACUAUGAAGCUAUAUGAAGCUAUACGUUGACCAAGCCUCUAAAACGGAAUACAGCAUAAUAGUGGCAUAUAUUGCCUAUAUGAUAUAUAAUUCGUUUCUGUGAUACCAUUUUAUUUUUUGAAUAUUUUAUGCUUUAAAAUAUAACCAGAUUUGCUUAGGCGUAAAAAUUGUUUGUUUCUUCUAUCCUGGGUAACUCAAUUUUCCCUCCCGAGACUUUACUUCUUUUGCGAAGUGUGGAUUUUUUUCGUAAUUUCUUGAAAAAAAUGUGUAUUUUUGAUUGAAAAUGUUUAAAUUUGACCAUUUUAUAAUUAAAUUUUUCUACAAAAGUGAUAUACCCUGAUAAAGGACUGUUUUUGAUUGAAAAUGUUUAAAUUUGACCAUUUUAUAAUUAAAUUUUUCUACAAAAGUGAUAUACCCUGAUAAAGGACUGUUUGGUAUAGAAUUCCGGUCCGUCAAAAAAAAAAAGAAAUAGAAAGACAGUUUUGCCUGCCUACAUUCCUACCCUAUCUUUAGAGGUGUUAGUGGAAACAAAAGUUUUUUGGGGCCUAAUAGGUUUUUUAUUGUUAAAAAAUUAUAGCAAUCCAUUUCACUUUUGAUUGUGUAAAAUAGCAUAGUUACCAUGAGUCAAAUAGCAUAAUCGGAUAAAAAAUUAUGUUUUUUUUACCAUGACGUUGUGUCAUACAGUAUAGUCCAAUAUGCUUUUUACUAUGACGUUGAAUCAAAUAGCAUAAUCGGAUAUGCUUUUACUAUGACGUUGUAUAAAAUAGCAUAUUCGGAUAUGCUUUUUACUAUGACGUUGUAUAAAAUAGCAUAAUCGGAUAUGCUUUUACUAUGACGUUAUAUAAAAUAGCAUUAUCGGAUAUGCUUUUUACUAUGACAUUGUAUAAAAGAGCAUAAUCGGAUAUGCUUUUACUAUGACGUUGUAUAAAAUAACAUAAUCGGAUAUGCUUUUUACUAUUACAUUUAAUGUCAAAUAGCUUAAUUGGAUAUGCAUUUUAACACUAUUUUGUGUCAAAUAGGAUAAUCGCAUAUGCUCUUUUACCAUGGUUUUGUGUCAAAAAGCAUAAUCGGAUAUGCUUAUUAACCUUGGCUUUUAUUGUUAACGUUUUUUGUUUGUAUUUUAAUUAAGCACACGUGUGUCAAAUAGCAUAAUCAGAUAUACGUUUAUAUCACGGCUUUUAUUGUACAUGUUAUAUUUUUAUUGCUAUAAAGCAUACUUUGUGUCAACUUGUUUGACUUUUUGAAUAUUUAGUGUGUUGCCAUGCACAAACUUUUGUAUGUAAGGGAAACAACUGGAAUUCAUUUGAUAUAAUAUUCCUCUUUAGCCGAAUAUUCGAUGAUAUCCCCUAGUCAUACUACUUACGAUUAUAUGCGUCCACCCAUUGCCCAAAAUGGUAUAUAUUAAUGCAAAAAACAACAACCCCCACCCACCGAAUAAUACAAUUUUUUAUUUUUUUAUGGACAACUAAUGUUUUUAGAAACAGUUCUUGCUUUUGUUCAUGGUUCAUUAUAUAUUUGUGUACUGAAAUGGGAUUCAUGCUACUUGUUUCAAUAUCGUUUUGCCUUCAUCUACAGUGUAGCUGACCUAUUGCUUAUAAAUUAUACAUGAUAGUCCGUCCACUUGACCAUUUGUUUGCAUGUAUUCAUUUACAUUUCUUCUUUUUCUUAUUACUUAUUUGUUGUGUUUAUAAUACAAAUAAAGACAUAUAGACCAAUA